AUGGCCAGCUCGGGUGAGGCAGCCGAUCUGCGCGAAUUGCGCUGCCUUCUAGCUGCGGCAAUUGAUGACCUCCGUCGGACGGUGGAUUGCUGCGACUCUCCCGUCGUCCCUUGCCAGCGGCUUACAAGGCGCGAUGGGCCGGUUGACCUCGGCGUGACGGACCACGACAUCAAUACAGACAACCACAAUGUCGGCGUCGACAAGCACUGCCAUUACACCAUCGAGACUCUGUCAGGUGGCGAUUCGGACGAGGAUCCCAUCGACCAUUCGCCUCCGUCUUCUGGUGGCAACGCUUUUGACGCAUCCACCUCCGUCGUCGACGAGGCCACGUCUCACAUCACGUUCUUUCCCAGAACUCUCGACAUCACCGACCGACUGUCCUCCAAUGUCUCCGAUGGCGGUGCCUAUAUUCAGUCCUCUACCCCGUACCUUCCUGAGGGACCCAUGCAGCGCUCCUCGACGCAAGACAUCUCCAGGCAGUUACGCAAGGCCAAGCGCCUCAAGUUCCUCAAGGUCCUGAACCUGGUCAUGGACAACGAGCCUCUUGACGUGCUUCUCCCCCUCCGCUUAACUUGUCACUCACUGUUCAAAAUGGUAGAGGCCAAGCUACUUUGGCACUUUGCCUCGUGUCAUGAUGGAAUUCACAUGGCCGCCCGAUUCAAGAACGAGUUCGACAUCGAUAUUGAGACCAAUAAUAACCUUCCUCGCCACGUUCUUGACAUUCGCGGUCCUGACGGAGGCUGCCAAGGUUGCAACAACGACGACAGGUUCAUGAUCCAACCGUGCGUGUGCAUAAGCAAGAGACUGCGCCAGCUCGGGUGCCUGUCCCACAUCACAUUUGACAUGGUGCGCGUGUGGGUCAACUCGGACCAGCACCUUGAGAAUUUUGAGCAAGAAGAAGUCAACAUCUUGAAGGCAAAGACAACUGUGUACAUUGUCAAGAUCAAUCACGAUCCCAGCAAGGUGAUCUACCUUCCGACGGCUCCCAUCGGAGGUAGCCUCGACGUCACGGUCAUCAUGGUCGUUGAUCCGGCUGAGACGUGCAAACUUACCGUCAAACCGCAGUUUACGUCAAGCGAACCCAACACGGACGUUACCUAUAGCUACAUUUUCGUGUCAAACAACCCUUCGUGGUAUACUAUUCCUACGACCAACAGCUGGCCUGGUGCCCCUGUCGAUGACGAGUUCGGAUUCUUGGACUUUUUCAUGGACCAUUUUGCCCAGCUCCAACUUGCCAUUGAGCCUGCUCUUGCGUACCUUGUCGGCUCGGAGGCUUGGCCCUCGGACUGGAUGGCUGCGCACAGACUCAAGGACGAAGACUGGGAGCACAAGUACGACGUUGCCGUGCACAACUACGUCGAAAAGAGGGUGUUCCCUGACCGCGUUAAAUUCCAUGCUUGCCGCAGACGCGCCGAGGGUCUCCUCAAGUCCGAGGACAUGAAGGACGCGAUCGUUGCGGCCAAUCGCAGCUACGACUGGCUGAGCUUGGCCCAGUUUGAUGAGCGAUGGCAGAUGGAGCGCGGACUCCCUCUUUCCUUCGUCCUCGGCUGCUAG